AUGUCUUCUCGCUCAUCUCCCGACCCUAUGGAUCGUGAUGGAUACAAAAGUGCAUUCGAACGCAUGCGUAAAUCGCUCGACAUUCCAGACAAUGUCACGGUUAGCAUGAGCUUUGAGCGACAGAGCAAGCUAACAGAGAAGGGGCUUCUACAUGAAUCAAAGGAGAAUGCCAUUAGUAUCAGGGGUGUAUUGAACCCCUACUGUAUGCAGAUUAUGACUCGGCUUUGUUUUGUGGAUCGAGUCGACCCUGGAGCUGUGCGGGUUAGAUCGCAGAAGGGUGACAUGACCCUAGGCAAGAUUACAGCAGCAUGCGCGAAGCAGCUGGGAGCUUUCCUGAAGAAAUCCCCUCCUACUCCUUCAACUCUGUCAUUGACGAAGGCUGAGUUCGAAAGGGCGUGUUCUGAAGCCUACGCUGCGUGUGCCAAGCGUCAAGGGGUCCCAAAGGGUAAAAAGAAGGAGGGUUCUGGGCUGGCUGCAGAGUCUUCCCCUGACAAGUCCGACUUAUCGCGCAGGUCUUCUCGCAUCCAAGGGCGAUCGUCCACGCCUUCUGACGCUCUGCAAAUUCAGCCUCUUCAGCAAGUGCCUUUGCCUACAGACGCCUUAGGAAUAAGAAAGGAGCGUGAGGAGUCCUCUUCCGAAGAUUCGGACGACGGGAAAUGCAUUUCGUCGAAGCUUCGGAUCCCAAAAGGUUCUGCCCCCACUACUCAAGGAUCUGCUUUCGCAAUCCCCAAACUUACCCCAGGGAAAUUACCAACGGGCCAGGCUCUCUCGUUGUGCAAGAAACCGCGGGGAUCUACCCUCGUUGGGCAUUUACCUGGGGCGUCUUCUACUUCACCUGCAAUUGGGUCUACCUUGGCAGCAGGCUCAGAAGGGGUGGCUCAUGUAGAGGGCAUUUCCUCUUCUCCGUCCAAAUUAUCAGGAGUGACGACUGGAGAUGGAGUGCAGGGUGGCUUACCGUUGGAGGUGAAGUCGCCUGCUGUCUGUGCGAAGCCGUCAGAGGCAUUGCCCUCUGCUUCAGAUCUGGCUGAGGGGUCUGUCAUUGGUCAUAAACGUGGCUCAGAGGGGAGACGCCCUUCCUCUGCCUCUCGUAAAAAUAAGCUUCUAGAGGAUGCCUUUGGAGAUGGUUUUGAGGCUACGGAUACCACUCCUCUGCCAGUUGAGGCAAGUAAAGCCGUUGUGCCUGAAACCAUCUCUGGGUGUCAGGAAUCAGGGGUUGUCGAAGCGACAGAUGUUGACAUUCUCAGUGCUGACGUUUCCUUAUUAUCGCCUACCACUUCUGAGUCUCAUCCAGGAGAAUUUAUUGCGGUGUCCCCGAAGGAUACUAACACUUUUGAAUCUCCUAGCGCUUUCUUGGAGCAGCUAACAUCUUCUGCCGUGCAUACGCCGAUGUACCUCCCCAGUGAUUUGGGUGAAGAUGAUAGCAUAUUUAUACGCCCUUCGAAGACGUAUUCUUUUGGCGCGGGGACGGUUGCGUUGGCGUCUGAUAGCAUUAUGGUGUCGACGUUAGCAGAAGGUGGGAAGCCAGCUGCCCCCGUUGCUUCUGCAGCUGCGCUUGCAGGUGGAGAAGCAAGUGACAGAGCCGAAGUUGUGUCAGAAUAUGGGCCUUCUGCGUCUGCAGAAGUUAUGGAUGAAAUGCUACGUAUAAGUAGGCCCCAUCUGCCGGCAGAAGCGAUUGGAUCCUUGAGUGGGCAGGGUGAUUUGCUACAACAAGUAUCAGAUCACAUCUGGAUGAGCUGUGUAUGCGCAUCUGCUGCAAGGCGGGAAUAUGCGGCGGCUAUGCAGAAUGGUUCCAAACUGGCGGAGCAGAUGGCGAAAUUAGAAGAGGAGCGGUUAGGGAGAAAGAUGCCCGAGGCGAAUCGAGACGUGCUUGUGGAGGCCAUCAAGAGGUUAGAAACAGAGCUGGUAAAGGCAAAAAAGAGGGUGACUGCCACAGAGGAGAAGCUGAUAAGCACUGUCGGGUUCGAAGUAGAGCGAGAUAAACUAAAAGCCGAUUUGGUGGAUAUGACCAAUAAGUGGAUGGAGAAAAGUCAAUUAUGCGUUCAGCAUGAAGCCCGCAUGGAGAAGCUUAGCAGUAUGAUGAACGACCUUAAAGAAGAUGUUGUGUCGUUGCAGACUGAUAAGGAGACCUUAGAGAAAGAGAAAAAAGAGCUGGAGCAAAAGGCAAACAGUCUUGAGGCCAGCGCAGCGGAGGCCAAGAAACAGAAGCUGGAAGCUGAACUUCUUUUAGGGAAGAAGUUGAAGGAAGCAGAAGAGGCGGUAACCGAAGCCAAGAAGCAGUUGGAGGAGAUGGCAGAGGUAUGCGACUCUUCUUUUGUUACUGAUGCAUUAGAAAAUUAA